AUGUCCACUGCCGACACAGACACUCCCCCCCACAAUGCGGGCUUGCUGAAGCUGCAGCAGCAGCAGCAGCAGCAGGAGGCAGCAGCAGAUAAGUGCAGCUCUCAGCGUCCCAAGGCGAAGAGCAGCAGCAGCAGCAGCAGCAGCAACAGCAGCAGCCCUAGCCUCGACGGCGCGCAGGAGCAGCAGCAGCAGCAAAGCAGCCGCUUGCGCGCUGAGGCCUCUGAAUUUAGACCCCUGCCAAAGUCUGUCACUCCGCAGCAGCAGCAGCAGCAGCAGCAGCAGCAGGCAGGCGUAACCAGUAGCAGCUGCAGCGAGAAGGCCAACAGCAGCAGCAUCAGCAGCAGCAACAGCAGCAGCAACAGCAGCAGCAACAGCACCACCGGAAAAGCAUAUCAGUUUAACCGCAACGCGCAGGAGUUUGUUCCGGGGCGGCCUUACGUGCUUCCUGGAACAGCAGCAGCAGCAGCAGCAGCAGCAACAGCAGCAGCAACACCGGUGGGCGCGUCGCCGGCAGCAGCAUCCGCAGCAGGGUAUGCAUGCGCAGUGCAGCAGCAACCUGCUUUCUACGGCUCCCCUGCAGCAGCAGCAGCAGCAGCAGCACGGACUCCCCACCAGCAGCAGGCGUAUCCUGCCUACGCCUACGCAGCUGCUUAUGGGACGCCGCAGCAGCAGCAGCAGCAGCAGCAGCGCCAGCCGAAGCCGGGGAGGCAGCAGCAGCAGCAGCAGCAGCAGCAGCAGCGGGGGGGCCCCAUGAGCGCCCACUCGGGGCGCCGGUGGGCGCCCACACACACUCCAGGCUCUCCCGGUGUGUCCCGCACGCCGCAGCAGCAGCAGCAGCAGCAGCAGCCACAGCAGCAGCAGCAGCAGCAGCAGCCGCCACCUCCUCCCCCGCCUGCCAGCGUUGUCUGUGAACAGCAGCAGCAAACGCUGCCCGGAGGCAGCUUCAGAGACAGGCUGCUGAAGGGAGCUGCUGCUAAGAAACCAAACAGCCCUGCGCAGCAGAAGCAGCAGCAGCAGCAACAGCAGCAGCAGCAGCAGCAGCAGAAGCCGAAGGAGGCAGCACGAUCCAGGUCUCCACAGCCGCAGCAGCAGCAGCAGCAGGCGGCUGCAGCGGAUAAGGAGCCUUCUAUAAAUGGCUGUGUGCAAGCUCAGCAGCAGCCACAGCAGCAGCAGCAGCAGCAGCAGCAGCAGCAGCAGCAGCUGCAGGCACCCGCUGCGUCAAAGCGGGGGCCUUCGCCCGCAUCGCCUCGCCGUGCAGCGCCUGCAGCAGCAGCAGCAGCAGCAGCAGCAAAGCCAGCAGCAGAAGCACCGAAGCAGGGCACCUGGAGCGAUCGGGUGCGAGCUGCUGCUCCUCAGCAGCAGCAGCAGCAGCAGCAGCAGCAGUUGGCACCGACGGCAGGACAAGCUGGUGCCGCAAAGAGAGCCAAGAGCCCAGCAGCAGCAACAGCGAAGCAGCAGCAGCAGCAGCAGCAGCAGGGCCAGCAGCAGCAGGACUCCAAGCAGGCAAAAAUUUACUCUCCAGCUCCUCCCGCAGCAGCAGCCACAACAGCUGCAGCAGCAGCAGCAGCAGCAGCAGCAAAGGCAGAACAAACAGCAGCAAGUGCUGCUCCUGCUAACAAUUGCCCGAAGGCACAGGACACUCCACCCUCAGCAAAACCGGCAGCACCAGCAGCAGCGGCACCAGCAGCAGCAGCAGCACCUGCUGCUGCAGCAGCAGCACCAGCUGCAACCGCAGCAGCUCCAGCUGCAGCCACAGCAGCACCAGCUGCGAGCGCAGCAGCACCUGCUGCACCAGCAACAGCACCAGCUGCAACGGCACCAGCUGCAGCAGCACCAGCUGCAGCAGCACCAGCUACAGCAGCAGCAGCACCAGCAGCAGCAGCAGCAGCACCAACUGCAGCAGCAGCAGCACCAGCUGCAGCAGCAGCACCAGCUGCAGCAGCAGCACCAGCUGCCGCUACAGCUGCAGCAGCACCAGCUGCAGCAGCAGAACCAGCAGCCGCAACGGCUAAGGCGGCAGAAGUGACAACGCCACCGCCGCAGCAACAGCAGCAGCAGCAGCAGCAGCAGCAGCAGCAGCCGGCCCCAGCAGCAGAGAAUAGCGGCAGAAGCAGGGGCAGCGGGGGUUCGAGCUGGGCUGACAGGGUGAAGGCCGCCAAGGCAAAACCAGCAGCACCAGCAGCAGCAGCAGCACCUGCUGCAGCAGCAGCACCUGCUGCAGCGAAGCAGCAGCAGGAGAGCGAUGGUAAGCACCAGCCGCCUGCCCGGGCAACACAUAGCCCUCAGCAGCAGCAGCAGCAGCAGCCGCAGCAACAGCCGCAGUGGCCUGUACGGCGUGCUGCUGCUGCGCAAGAUGCGCAGGAGAGGCAGCAGCAGCAGCAGCAGCAGCAGCAGAAGCCUCAGCAUGAGUGGGGUAGAAGGGCGGCAGCAGGAGCAGCAGCUGCCCCCGCCGCAGCAGCUCCCGCUGCAGCCACACCACCAUCAGCUGCAGCAGCAGCUGCUGCCCCAGCAGCAGCAGCAGCAGCUGCCCCAGCAGCUGCCCCAGCAGCAGCACCUGCUGCAGCAGCAGCACCACCAACAGCAGCGCCUGCGGAGUCACUGGCUUCUUCCCCAGCCCCCGCAGCAGCAGCAGCAGCAGCAGCAGCAGCAACAGAGAGCUCGGCGGCGAGCACAUCCUCCCCAGACUCGAGCGGAGCAGCAGCAAACGAAAGCCCAGACGCAGCAGCAGCAGCAGCAGCAGCAGCAGCAGCAGCAGGCGGCAGCCUGUCUUGGGCAAUGCGGGCGCGGCUAGCGAAGGACAGGCCCGACCCCGUGAAGCUGCAGCCGUCGCCGCCGCAGCAGCAGCAGGCAGCAGCAGCAAACGGAGGGGAGCAGCAGCAGCCGCAGCAGCAGCAGCAGCACGGAGGCGCGCAGCGCGGCAGCAGGGGCAGGGGAGGUGCAGCAAGGGGAGGCAGCAGCAGCCACCAAGACCAGCACUGGGGCAGCAGCAGCAGCAGCAGCAGCAGCGGCAGGGGGCCCCACAGCAGGGGCCGGGGGGGCCCCCAUGGGGCCCACGGGCAGCGCAGGGGGGGGCUGCGGCAGCAGCAGCAGCAGCAGCAGCAGCAGCAGGAGGAGUGGCCGGGGGAGGCGGCGCGCUCGGAGCAGCAGCAGCAGCCGCAGCCGGAGCCGCAGCAGCAGCAGCAGCAGCAGCCAGAGCCGCAGCAGCAGCAGCAGCAGCAGCAGCAAGUUCCCAAACCCGCAGGAGUUUGGGCUGCAGGCGCUGCGCCUCUUGGCCGGUGGGUGGUGCCUCCCCCCCGCCCUGCAGCAGCAGACCAGCAGCAGCAGCAGCAGCAGCAGCAGCAGCAGCAGCGGCAGCCAGCAGCUUCAGGAGCUGCUGCUGCUGCUGCUGCUGCUGCUGAGGCUGCAGGCGCAGCAGCUUCCACGGCUGCUUCCGGCACGGAGGAGGCAGAGAAGGCUCCCCGCGCAGCAGCAGCAGCACCUGCUGCUGCUGCGCAGCAGCAGCAGCAGCAAGAGCCGUGCGCUGCGCCUGUGUGGCCAAAGUCAAGGCCAACCGUGAAGCGGCCGCAGCAGCAGCAGCAGCAGCAGCAGCAGCAGCAGCAGCAACCCGCAGAGACGCAGCUGCUGCCGGGGCAGUGGCAGCGCUUUGCCCUCCCGAGAGGGAAGAGAGACGCAAUGAAGGCGGAGGAGAAGAAGAGGCCGCCGCAGCAGCAGCAGCAGCAGCAACCGCAGCAGCAGCAGCAGCAGCAGCAGCAGCAGCAGCAGAAGCCGCGGUCGCCUGAGUGGGCGCGCCCCACACCGCUCCCUAUGGCCAGCAGCAGUAUCCCUGUGGCUGUCUUUACUUCGGAGGACAAACCAGCAGCAGCAGCAGCAGCAGCAACAGCAGCAGCAGCAGCUGCUGCUGUUCUCCCGGGGAUGCUCAGAGAUAGCUUGGCUAUGCCGAAGACAUCCCAGAAACCGCCGUUGCAGCAGCAGCAGCAACCACAGCAGCAGCAGCAGCAGCAGCAGCAGCAGCAACAGCAGCAAAGGCCCGCCGCGCCGCGCACUUCAUCUCCUCGACCCGCUGAAGACCGCGGGUCGGCAGCAGCACCUGCUGCAGCAGCGCCUGCUGCAGCAAUGCCCACUGCAGCAGCACCUGCUGCAGCAAUGCCCUCUGCAGCAGCAGCAGCAGCACCUGCACCUGCUGCAGCAGCCCCUGCUUCGGCAACGCCGGCUGUAGCAAUACUUGUAACAGCACCUGCUGCAGCAGCACCUGCUGCAGCAGCACCUGCUGCAGCAGCACCUGCUGCAGCAGCACCUGCAGCGGCGCCUGCUGAGGCAGCGCCUGCUGCACCAACACGUGCUGCAGCAGCACCUGCUGCAGCAGCAGCUGCUGCAGCAGCACCUGCUGCAGCAACACGUGCUGCAGCAGCAACUCUUGCCACCUCAGAGCCUGCGGAAGCCUCCCCAAGAAGGAGGCGGUCUCGCUCUCCUGCUGGCAGCAGCAGAGGCCGGCUGUCGCCUGCUGCUUCUCCAAAGCCUGCUGCAGCAAGGGCAGGCAGCAGCAAGCCAGCAUCCCCAGCAGCAGCAGCAGCAGCAGCAGCAGCAGCACCUGCUGCUGCAGCCGGCAGCAGCAGCGCAAAGAAGACGAGCCCGAAGGACGCGUGGGGUGACGACGAUGUUGAGGAGGAAGAGCAGAAGCCUGUGCAGCCCCCUCCUGCUGCAGCAGCAGCAGCAGCUCCAGCAGCAGCAGCAGCAGCAGCAGCAGCAGCAGCAGUUUAUUCCAUUGGAUUCCUAGCCAAAAUCAAAGGACACCCCAGCUGCCAGCCCCCCAAAGUGAAUGCUGUCUUCCGCGUGGCGGACGGCGCCUUCUACUUGCCGCAGGCAGCACUGCAUCCGCAGCAGCAGCAGCAGCAGCAGCAGCAGCACCAGCAGCAGCAGCAGCAGCAGCAGCAGUUCAGGUCGAGGCAGCAGCAAGGCGCCAUGGACCACCAGGAGUGGCAGAGAAGGCCUAGAGACGCGGGAGCGCAUGAAGACGCAAUGAGGAGCUUCGGGGCAGCACGGUGUGUUGCUGCUGCUGCUGUUGCUGCUGCUGCUGUUGCUGCUGCUGCUGCUGUUGCUGCUGCUGUGGAUAUGCUCAGCAGCAGCGUGCCCGUCCACUCUUUUGCAGAAAAAGCUGUAAACUGUAGAAAAAUCCAAAGAGGCUUUCUGCGUAUCUUUCUACCGAUAGAGUAA